CAGCUUCUAAAAUAACGACAAAUUAUAUGGAUUAGUACGAUUUCACCUGGACCUUCUCCACCCAUAGAUUGAUUGAAGGUUGUCCUCUCCCAUGAAGAUCUAAAAAGGUAGAUCGAAAGAGGAGAUUCACAAAAAAAUAAAUAAAUUUCAGAAUAUUCACGUAUAAGUGAAAAGUGUUACCUCCUGAAAUUCAUUCAAGUUCAUCAAUCUAUGAAUAGUUUAUUUAACAGUGUGUUCUGGAAUGUGACUCAACUCACAACACUCCGUAUUGAAGAACGGCGGAUGAAAAAUUUUCUGAAAUACAUAAAUGAUUAUAGGUUUUUCAAAGCAAGUGGAUGAAAUCAUAAUAUGUGGGAAAUAGAUGCACCAUACAAUCGAAUGUUUCCAAUAAAUAUUUUACACCAAAAUAUUCUAAAAGGGCUGCCUCUAUAAGUGUAUAAUAUGAUUGAUGACUCGCAAAACUUCUCUUGAUACUUGACAUCUAUGGAAAAUAAAACUAAUCAGCAAUUUUCGUUAUUUUUUUGUCAUAAGAAACCUUUGUUUCAAUUAUAACAGAAGUUUUCACAUAUGAAGAACUAAAAUCGCACCAAUAAAAGUUCCAACCUCUUUCAUGUUCACUAUGUACCUCUAUCGUUGAAUGGACUACUUCGCAAGAGAGAAAUGUCGAAAAUCCUAAGAGAAGGGAAACGUUAUGGAGAACAAAAAAAUUUUUCAUUCCAUCAGCGACAUUCAGCUUGAUGGAGGUUAGUUAAUAGGUAUUGGCCGAAACGUCGCUGAUAAAAUAUGGGAUUGAAGGUAUGAAAUAUGUACAGGUAUAAAAUCCUAAUCCUUGGAACAUAAAUAGCAUGGGUGAAGGAAAACUUCAUGUGUAUUCAGGCCCAGAGUCCUAUUCAGAACAAAUUCCCAAUGGAAGAACUUAUUUCUGUGCAAAUUUUCAAUAUAUUUUCUGUCAUUAUAUUCUGUCGAACAAUGUCAUGUGGAACAUUUUCUCAAAAUUUUCAGUAUCUAAAAUCCGCACAAAAAACAGUGCAUUAAUGUACAACUACAACCAAUAAAACUAAUCCAAAAUGCUUCUGAAAGUAGUUACGCUAACUGGUGAAGAAAAAACUAUAGAUGUCGAGCCCUCAGAUAAGAUUCUCAAUAUAAAACAAAAACUAGAAGAAAAGGAAGGUAUUCCUCCGGAUCAACAGAGAUUGAUUUACCAAGGAAAGCAACUUAAGGACGAUAAAUCAGUCAGUUGUUACAAAUUGAAAGCUGGUACUGUUCUACACCUAGUAAUCGCCCUUAGGGGUGGUUCAGACGUGUACAUUCCUCAAUAAAUAAUUUAAAAAAAACAAUA